AUGGAGUUUAAUCCAGAGCCACCCUCCCACGACGGCUUCGCCGCAUACUACUGGCCCAAAAUGCCCCCAGACCAAUCUGCCACCAUCGCUCACCCGGCCUGGACCAACUAUGACCCGCACUCCGUGGCCCAACACUCCAUCAACCCGCUGCUCAUCGUCAAGGAGACCCAGACCGAAAAUGAGAGCGACCUCUCCAGAAAGCAGUCCCCCGUUCACGACGUCUACCACGACAACAACUACCACCUCCUCAGCCACGACGAGGAAGUGUGUCCGCCGCGGUUUACCGAGCCCCUCAACGUUGCCCAUGUGCCGUACUCGAAGUCGACCGUCUCCUUGGAUUCCUUCAAACAGCCCGUCUUGUGGAUUGACGAGUCCAUAGCCGAGCAGACAGCAACAACUCACCACCAGGACCUGACGGAGUUCAAAAAACCGUCCUUUGUCGCCGAGCCCCGCCACUCCAUGCCACUCGCUCCGUCUGACCCGCAUUAUCGCCCGUGGCACAAGAGAACAGUUUCCGAGCCGGUCUUCGGAGCUAAAAAUCAGGGCCCUGCAUUUCCGAAAGUCACCAUGAAAGAACGGUCCGACUCGUGCAUGUUCGACGCGGAAUACUGGUCGAAUGUCAACAGGUUCCUCCCUGUGCCGUGCGAAGAGAACGCCCCGCCGUCCUUCGCUGUGUCUUUUGUCCAGACCGCAAAACAGCUAGAAAAAACCUCGCAAAAAUUGAUGAAUUAUCUUCUCACCGAUUAUGACCUGGUGGCGGAACUACGCCAGACUCCAACCUCUUUCGACCAAAUCGCCGAAUGUUCCAACAAAAGACGCAAGGUCGGCGACGACAUCAACUGGAAGCCCAUGUCCGCCGGCAGCGUGCUGGGACUAAACGAAAUUUUCAAGCUCCACCAACGAGAAGUCAAUAACAUGCUCCAAAACUGCACAGACUCCUGCUUCGGCGAACUCAACAUGCGGGAGCUGCGCGCUUGGAAACGCGGCGACAGAGAGCUCAAGCGGCGACAGACCCACGCAUCGCCUUUCUAA